AUGUCAAGCUGCAAGAAUCUCAGCUUUUCCCAUGCGCUCACGCUCACUGGCCCACCCCAAAGCAUCACUGAAUGGCUAGUGCUCUGGGAAAAGGAUCCAGUGGAGAUUCUGCUUAAUCUGGGGUUUGGUACAGAAGAACCUGAUGUCCGCACAAAAAUCCCUCCUCGGUUCCUCAGUGGUGUUUCUGUAGCAAAAGGAUUUGACGUCCAAGCCUUUUUGGAAACUCAGAAGAAGCAGAUGGACACUGAGAGGUCAAACCUAUAUGAAAGGUUCAGGUCUAGAGAUAUUUUUUGACAGCUAGAAGUAUUUGACCAUGUAAUCAGUGCCCUCCCAUCUUUGCUGACCCAUGUCAAUACCCAGCAGAUCAAAGCGCAGGACAUUGGCAGGGGUGACACUACUCUACUGGACACUGCAAAGCUCAGACCUCAUAUCCUAGGGCCCAUCAAAGAGUGGGCUUCAUUUCACCUAGCUUCAGAACAGUCCCACUGUUCUCCUGCAUGCAAGGUGCCUGAUAUAAACAGGCCAAGAAAAGAGUCGCCAUUUCUUGUGGCCCACAUGCUCAAAAAAGUGGCUGACCUAACCUGCAAGCUGCCAAAUUAAUUUUGCAAUGUGACAACAGGAAAUAUUAAAGAACAGUGCUGUAAUACAGAAAUGGGAAGCAAAAAUAACACCUCACUUGCAGUGAAUGAGACAACAAAAGGGACUAGGUUCUGCAAAAUGGAUGGCUAUACAAAAAAUACAAGAUUCCCUCCCAGAACAGGGCUCCCAAAAACUCUGCAGUGGGGCUCAGAGCACAAAGUAGAAGAACUUCUUCUUCAAGCUCCUUCUGUACAAGUUUCUUGGAGGCCUCCCUCCUGCCCAGUGGAAAGGCCUGGUUUAAGUUCAUCUGAAGAUCAAGAGGCUGGUAUCAUAGGGGAGAUGUUAGGUGCUAAAAAAUCCAGUCAAGAAAACGUUGUCCAAAAUUAUUAAACAGCUUCUUCUCCUCUGAAAUCCGUUACUGUUUCACUGUCUUUAGGGCUGGAGUUUAUCUCCAGAGUAGAGAGCAAAGUACACUAAAGUAUUCCUCUCAGUGAAAACUUUUCUAGGGAUGAUCCUGUGGUCUUCUCCAACAUCUUAGCAAACUGUUCUGAGUGUGGUCCUCUCAUAUAGUCAGAUCCAGGGGCUUCAAAGGACGGUGUGAAGCAGACCACUAAAGCUUUCAACCAAACUGAUAUCCCUGCCAGGAAAUUCAGGUGACCUCAAUUUCUUUGUCCACUCCAUAAACACCUGACAAAAUCAGACUUUGUUGACAACAUGCUUAAAUACAGGCCACACUUCUGGGAUGACACCUCUGGCACAAAGGCUAUCCUCUGUCACUGCUGCUGCUGCUGCCAGCACUGCUGCCUGUGGAAUUUCCCCAUGGCAGUCUCUCCUCAAUGCCCUGCGGACUGCUGCUCCAACCAUGCCACAAAUGUACUGUAGCUGUUGAAAAUGCUGGUGCUCCUAAAGGCUCACAAUGCAUAAUCUUGCACCCUUGUGUAGUGUAUCCUUCAUGAAAUAGAAGUGAUGAAGAGCUCCUGCCAGCACUUCCAGGAGAAGCUGAAUGAGAUUGAACAGCACCUACAGCAGGCACUGUUUUCUGCUGGUAUGUCAGGCAAAGAAAGGAAGGAACGAAGACAUCUGCAGUUCUUACAGCAAGCCAUUGGUCAGGAGGUUGCAGAGCUGGAAUUUCAGCAGAAUGAUUCAGUGUGUCAGGUCAGAGAAAGCAUCCUUUUGCAGCUGGACCAAUUACUAGCAGAACAAUCCCAUCUGUUUUCUCAGCUCAAACUCUCUGACUGAAAGGAAGAAAGAAAAGCCCAGAAUAAACAAGUAUUUCCAGAUGCUGCUGAUGCUGUGCAUCCUUGAAGUGGGUGCUCAAAAAUAAUGCACAAAAGAGCUCCAAGAAAAACCAUGACAGCAACAGGCUUUCUCUGUCCCACAGAGAUACCAGGAUAG